AUGACUCAAGUGGAGUCCCGCUCCAACUAUCGCCGCCUGUUCACAGAGUUUCUGCGCCAGAGCUCCAUCAAUGGCCUGCAUCCGUUCCUCUACCCCACACCUGUCCGAUACGCCAAAGCACUCUGGCUGACGCUGAUGGCGGCCAUUGUGGUGUGGACACACGUUGUUAUCGUCAAUCUCACGCUGGAGUACCUCGACCAGCCAACGGAGAUCCAUAUGGCCCCCGAUCUGGUGCACGUGGCCAACAGCCCCUUCCCGGCCGUCGGCGUCUGUACCGCGAAUAAGAUCAGCCAGCGUCUGCUGCGGAGCUAUGCCGUCAAACUCUAUCAGCACCAGGAAAAGUCCAACUCCAACGAUAACUCUAAGCUGCAGCGGGUGGCUCUAAAUGUCGACGAUAUGGCGGAACGCCUGCUGGUGCUGGCACAGUUCUAUCUGAAUCCCCUGGAAACCCCGCGGCUGGACGAGGCUCAGCUGCAGCGCCUCCACUGGCUGCUCUCUAGCUACCACAAUGACACCGGCGGCUACUCGGUGCGUGAUAUAUUGCGUCAACUGUCGCCUGACUGCGGCGACUUGAUAAUCCGAGGCAUUGUCUACGGUUCCCCUGUGAACACCAGCCAAAUGUUUUUCCAGCGACCAACCUCGUCGAAUGUGUGCUGCAUAUUUAACUAUCGCCGUCCCAGCUACUCCCGAUUUACGCACAUACGAGAGGCGGACAACGCAGAGAUGAGGGCCCUGCCCAAGGUGGUCUUCGAGUCCAAUUCCAUUUUGAACAGCGUUCAAUUUGUGCUGCAGGACACCCCAGAGGAUGACCACACCAAAACCUUUGUGACCAACAAUGCAUUUCAUCUGAUAAUAUUCCCGCAGGAGGACUAUGCCACCGUUCAGUCCACCACUUUGGGGGAAAUACUCGUGGAUCACAACACCAUAGUGGAGAUUCCCAUUCAGCCGACUUUCUUCAGUUCCAGCGAAGGAGUGCGCACUGUCUCACCCCAAGCACGUCGCUGCUAUUUUCCCGAAGAGGGGAGAAAACUGCUCAACCAAUCGAAUUACUCCAUUGACGAGUGCCUGCUGCUGUGCCGCAGCCAGAGCAUGAUGGAUCACUGCGGCUGCGUGUCCCCGCCAAUGAUUGGGAGCUCCACAAACGUAACAUACUGCGGUCUGCCCGAUCUGCCCUGCCUGACCAAGUGGAAGAGCAUCUGGUAUGGCUACGACGAGUUCUCGUAUCUGCAGGAGGGCAAGGACCAGGUGGCCCAAAGGCAAUGCAACCGCUGCCUGCCCACCUGCAAUGGCGUGAGCUUCAGCAUCACCAGCAAUGUGGCGCCCCUGCGCCUCACCUACAAUGGCACGGGCUACUUUACGGGUCUACUGAAAGGAUUGACCAACGAACGUCCCUUGGCAAUCAUUAAGUUAUUCUUCAAGCUGCGCUUUGCACAGGCCACCAAAUCGGAGCUAGUCAGCACUUGGGUGGUGCUGCUCAAUCGCUUUGGGGGCAUCCUCUCCCUUAUGUACGGCUUCAGCAUAGUCAGCUACAUAGAGAUAUUCUAUUACCUCACCGGCAAAUGGUUCGUCUACAUCUACAGAUCAUUUAGCAAGAGGCAACCGCCAGUCCGAGGCGGCAACAGCCUCUACUGGGAUGAGUUGAUGCCCAAAGGAUUCAGGAUGCCCGAUUAGCGCGUGAAUGAAUCCACUCUCCGCUGAUGUAUGCUGAGCAUAAAUACUCUUUAUAUUGAAAUCGCUUUGAAAUACGGUUACAAAUGAUCAACAAUAGAAUGGACUUAUAUCAAAAAUGUAUAUAAUGCAAACUCUGCUGCUCGCCGCUUACUCACGCGCUCGCACGCAUGAAUGCACUUAAUAAUCGUCGCCGCGGGAUACGAUCUCCUUGCAAGUGGGACGCAGCAUAAUGGUGUGCUCGUACUGGGCCGUGUAGCAGCCCUUGAUGUCGCACAGUGGCGGAUAGGCCUCCACAAUGCCCUUGUCGCACAGAUCCUUGAGAGCCAUCUGGUAUUUGGUGGCGCCAGCGCGAUCCAGCCAGCGCUUGCAGAAGGCCAGAGUGCCAAAGUUCUUGUUGAUUGUGCCCAGAAGCUGCUUGGAAGACUGAAGACGCAAAGGCACGAACGGCAGAUCAAAGUUCUUCAUGUAAUGCGAGCAGUCCAUGUCGUCGUGCACCAGACCGCGUCCCGUGGAGCCGAAAGUUUCAAUGGCAUAGAACUCAUCUUCCUCCAUGCGCGUAGACUCGCCGCCCUUCACAAUGGGAACAGUUUUGCCAGCAUGAAUGCCUAUGGAAAUAAUUAAAGGAAAGAGAAUAAAGAUUGGGGGGGACAGAAGGAGACUACCUGGAGGAGUACUAAGGCCAACAAAGAGAGAGAGAGAGAGAGUCCAAACAGCUGCGCGCUCUCUCCUUGAGCCCAAAAUUAUGCUAUAAACUGGAAGAAACCUCAGACUGAGAGAGAGAGAGAGCUAACCAAAGGAAGAGAGGGUCGGAGAAUAUGUUUAUCGAGCAACAAAAGAUGGCACCAGCCAGGAGACAGGAUACCGGAGAAGCAGGAGACACAACCAGGAGACAGCAGACGACAAGAGCCGGGACCGGAGCCGGAGUCCCCUCUCAUUUCGUUUGUGGAAGGAAGU